UCAACCGACUUGUGAUCAGGAGAGGGAGGAAGCGAAAGGUGAUUCGAGUGCCUUUCCUGAGGUUCUGGGCAUAGAGCUUCUUCAAUCUUCAUCACCAGCCCUAGAAGAUUCGAACCGCAAAUUACCCAGUGCACAAAUUGCUAUCUAAACUUUUUUUAUUUUUUUUGAAGUUUUGAUUGGGAGGAGGUUUGAAUGGAGAGGCCUAUGGAUUUUCCAAUGGAGUUGGUGGUGGAAAUCUUGUCAUGGCUACCGGCAGAGUCUCUGUUACGAUUCAAGUGCGUUUGCAAGUCCUGGUAUGCCCUCAUCAAUGGCGGGGAUUUCGUAGCGAAACACCAUCGCAAUCUCAACAAGAUUUCGUCCGAUAAAUCCUUCUUUUUCAUAAAUUAUGGUUGGAGAACCUAUACAAGGCCAGAGAAAUUGUUCCUCACUAUCCGCGAAGAUGGUGAUGAUGAUCACAUCAAAUUCGUUAUCGAAAAUUCGAUGUCGCCGCUCUUUCAGCUGUAUAAAGAGUAUGCCAGGCCUUUUCUGGGCUGUCACUGUAAUGGGAUAUUCUGUUUAUAUAGCUGUGUGAGUAAGAAGGUUUUGUUAUGCAAUCCAACGACCAAGGAAUGCAGGUUUCUUCCGAAUUCGUCCGCCGUUGACGACUAUUCCACUGCAAUGCUGGGAUUCGGUUGCGUUAAUGGUUUUUACAAGGUAGUUAGAGUUUCUACACGUGAGGGCGUUUCUUUUGUAGCUGAGGUAUACACUUUCGGCACUAGUUCUUGGAGAGAGAUCGAGAUGAAUGUUCUCGAAUCGGAACAGGAGAUUUUCCAAUUGGUUUUUGCUUCUCUUAAAAACACCUUCCAAGAGCAGUGCUGCAGAGGAGUCUAUUACUGGUUGUUUAGCCUUUCUUCUGAAAAGGAGAUGAUGAUCUCAUUUGACAUGUGCGAGGAGGAAUUUCGUCGCGUGGCAUUGCCCGAUCGCGCUGAAAGUCGAGGAUAUUUGGUUUCUACCAGCCUUCAAACAUGGAACGAUUCUCUUGCUCUGCUAUAUUGUCCUGGAUGUAGCGAUACUAUUGGAUCUAUUGAGAUGUGGGUGAUGAGUGACUCCGCGGUAUGCGCGGAUGGGCAUACGGGUCCUCGUUCUUGGACCAAAUAUCGAACAUUUGGUCCUCUAGAAGGCAUUUGGUGCCCAUUAGCAUUUUGGAAGAGCGAUGAGCUUCUUAUGAGAGCUAAGGAUGAAGGUGUGGUUUCUUAUAACUUACAUACCCAAAAACUUAGGAGUGCUUCCACUCUUGUGUCGCCAGUGGAUUUCGCACAUAUUUACCUAAAGACUUUAGUUUCGGUUUAUUGAAGGAAUUGAAAGAGAAAAACUAGGAGGUUUUUGUAAAAGAACAAACAGAAUUGUACUGAACAUGUGUAUUUGUAAGUUUUAUUCUGUCGUUAUUCUGAACAUGUGUAUUUUUAAGAACAAACUAUUGGAUCUAUUGAGAUGUGGGUGAUGAGUGACUCCGCGGUAUGCGCGGAUGGGCACACGGGUCCUCGUUCUUGGACCAAAUAUCGAACGUUUGGUCCUCUAGAAGGCAUUUGGUGCCCAUUAGCAUUUUGGAAGAGCGAUGAGCUUCUUAUGAGAGCUAAGGAUGAAGGUGUGGUUUCUUAUAACUUACAUACCCAAAAACUUAGGAGUGCUUCCACUCUUGUGUCACCAGUGGAUUUCGCACAUAUUUACCUUAAGACUUUAGUUUCGGUUUAUUGAAGGAAUUGAAAGAGAAAGCAACUCGGAGGUUUUUGUAAAAGAACAAACAGAAUUGUACUGAACAUGUGUAUUUU